CACUAGCAGUAAUACAAAAUAUAGUAUAAUUUGAGUCCGUUGAAUUGCUUCCUUUUUAUUGUUGAUGGCGAGUGGCAGCAGAUAUAAUUGAAAGUAGAAACUGAUUUCGUUACAGCUGGACAGUCUUCAGAAGCAUUUCAAGACGAAAAAAUUUGAGCAUAAUGCAGCUGCAUAUACGGGGACAGGGCAACCAUGUUAUUGACUGCGAAGGUAACGAGUCUGUUGGCGAAAUAAAAGAACAGGUAGCCAAAUUGGAGAGUAUUCCUGUGGAAGAAGUUUGCCUCUACUGUAGUGGAUCUCCGUUGAUUGACGACGAUCUUGUAGCCAGCCUAAAAUCAUUUAGCAUUGAUGUCAGUGUUCCUUUGAGGGGAGGCAAGGUGCACGGCUCCUUGGCUCGUGCUGGUAAAGUUAAAGGUCAGACACCUAAGGUGGACAAACAGGAGAAGAAAAAGAAGAAGACUGGUCGGGCCAAGCGUCGCAUUCAGUACAAUCGCCGUUUUGUCAACGUCGUGCAAGGUUUUGGCCGCAGGAGGGGACCUAAUGCAAACUCAUAAAUAAAAUUUUGAAAUGGAAGUUUGUUUGCUGUCAGAAUUAAUUGAAUACCGAAAUUUUGUAAUGAGGCCUGAGUAAAAUUAUAAUUGGAUUGAACUGGUUUCAUUAAUCAUUCCGUUUGCAGUUUUGGGUUUUGGGCUGAUUUUCACGUGAGUUAAAUAAAAGCGAAUAGUUUAAUGUUAAAAAUUUUAAAGGAACUGAGGAGGUGCUCGGUUAAUUUUGAUAACACAAUCUUUAAUAAGUUAUGGGAAUUGUAUAUGGUUCUUAUGCAAUAAAAUGUAAAGAGUAAUGCGAAAAUAA